AUGACCGAUGAGGAAUCACUCGAUAGCGGUAUAGGUCCAGGAGUAAUAAUAAAUAAAAAGUGGGGUCAAGAGUUUUAUCCUUUAAAUUGUGUAUUUCUAAGUAAACACUGGGAGGAAGGAGCAAAUCCUGAUGAGAUUAAUUUUCAGUUAAACGAGAAAGAAGAAUUUAAUGAAAACCAAGAAGAAAGUCCAAAAACUGUAAUUGAAGUAGAAGUAGACACUCGUUGA